UGGACCUCCAUAGAAAUGCUAGGUUCUUGCUGCUUAAACUGAUAUCCAAACCAUGGGUAUGAAAAAUUCUCAAUACCUAAAGCAAAAAGUUUUGUUGUUCUCUAAUUUCUUAACAUCAAAAAAAGGUCAUACCCAGUGUGCAAGACUCCCACUUAUCAUACCCCUAAUUCUAUCUUUCUGCCUUUCUUACCAGGAAGAACUACGAGUAUUCUUCAUUGUUCAAAGGGCAGCAGUCAGGUUUCUUGAUGCUGCUCCUGCUGACCCAGAUGAUGUGCUUUCUGAAGAGGCCAGAGCAGCAGGCUUUAGAAUUUCCCCUUAUCAACUUGCUUCUCUUGUUCGUAGCCAUGACACCAAGUGGUUGGAAUUCUUCGGAGAAGUUGACGGCAUUGCAACACGACUUAAUGUCCCAUUAAGUGAAGGUGUCAAAACAAGUGACGUACCUAUCAGGCAAAAGACAUAUGGCUUCAACAAACAUACAGAGAAACCUUCUAGAAGCUUUUGGAUGUUUGUAUGGGAUGCACUGCAUGACAUAACCCUUAUAAUCCUAAUAGUUUGUGCUGUAGUUUCUAUAGGUGUAGGACUUGCCACUGAUGGGUGGCCACAGGGAAUGUAUGACGGUUUGGGAAUCAUACUCAGUAUAUUUUUGGUAGUUAUUGUCACUGCAGUCAGUGAUUACAACCAAUCGUUGCAAUUUAAGGAUUUGGAUAAAGAAAAGAAAAAGAUUAUCGUCCAAGUCACUAGAGACGGAUACAGACAGAAGGUGGAGAUAUAUGAUUUGGUUGUUGGAGAUAUCGUUCAUCUAUUCAUCGGUGAUCAAGUUCCAGCUGAUGGGUUAUUUAUAUCAGGAUACAGUUUGGUGAUUGACGAAUCAAGUUUGUCUGGUGAGAGCGAGCCAGUGAACAUUUGUAAAGAAAAUCCUUUUCUUCUUGGAGGAACAAUGGUGCAAGAUGGGUCAGGUAUGAUGUUAGUAACUACUGUUGGAAUGAGAACAGAAUGGGGUAAAUUGAUGGAGACUCUUAGUGAGGGGGGAGACGAUGAGACCCCAUUGCAGGUGAAGCUAAAUGGCGUUGCCACGAUCAUUGGUAAGAUUGGUUUGGGUUUUGCGGUGCUGACAUUUUUGGUGCUGAUAGGAAGGUUUCUGUUGGAGAAAGCAAUUCACCAUGAGUUCACUGAUUGGUCUUCCAGUGAUGCACUGGAGCUUUUGAAUUACUUUGCCAUUGCAGUGACUAUCCUUGUUGUCGCUGUCCCAGAAGGACUACCACUGGCAGUGACAUUGAGUCUUGCCUUUGCAAUGAAGAAGUUAAUGGAUGAGAGGGCACUUGUUAGGAACCUUUCAGCAUGCGAGACAAUGGGUUCUGCCACUUGUAUUUGUACGGAUAAGACUGGAACGUUAACAACAAACCAUAUGGUAGUUAAUAAGAUAUGGAUUUGUGGAAAAGAAACAGAAAUAAAAAGUAGUGAGGGUGGAGAUAUACCAGAAAAGGCUUUAAACAUCCUCUUGCAGACUAUAUUUCAAAACACUGGCGCUGAGGUUGUGAAGGAUAAAGAUGGAAAGAAUUCAAUUUUGGGCACAGCAACUGAAUCGGCAUUGUUAGAAUAUGGGUUGCUUUUGGGUGGUGAUUUUGAUGCUCAACGUAAGGAAUUUAAGAUACUAAAAGUUGAGCCUUUUAAUUCUGUCAAGAAAAAAAUGUCUGUGCUUGUGGCUCUUCCAGAUGGUGGCCUCCGUGCAUUUUGCAAAGGUGCAUCAGAGAUAAUUUUAAGAACAUGCGACAAGAUUGUUGAUAGCAAUGGAGAACCUGAUCACAUGUCUGAAGAACAGGCAAGGGAUGUUGAAGAAAUCAUAAACAGUUUUGCCUCAAAAGCUUUGAGAACUCUCUGCUUGACAUAUAAGGAUAUUGACAAUGUUUUUGAUGAAAAUAGCAUCCCUGAUAGUGGCUAUACAUUGAUAGCCGUUGUAGGUAUUAAGGAUCCAGUUCGCCCAGGCGUCAAGGAUGCAGUUAAAACUUGUUUGGCAGCAGGAAUUACUGUUCGGAUGGUCACCGGUGAUAAUAUCAACACAGCAAAAGCUAUUGCUACAGAAUGUGGUAUACUCACAGAAGAUGGUUUGGCCAUAGAAGGACUAGAUUUUCAUAGCAAAUCUCAGGAGGAAUUGAAGGAUAUAAUACCUAGAAUUCAGGUAAUGGCUCGGUCCUCGCCUUCAGACAAGCACAUGCUGGUAACCCAUUUGAGGAAUAUGUUUGAGGAGGUUGUGGCAGUUACUGGUGAUGGGACUAAUGACGCUCCUGCUUUGCAUGAGUCAGACAUUGGACUUGCUAUGGGCAUAGCAGGAACAGAGGUUGCAAAAGAAAGCGCCGAUGUGAUCAUAUUGGAUGACAAUUUUUCCACCAUAGUAAAUUUAGGCAAAUGGGGGCGUGCGGUAUAUAUCAACAUUCAGAAGUUUGUGCAAUUCCAAUUGACUGUCAAUGUUGUUGCUCUUAUGCUCAAUUUUGUUUCUGCAUGCAUCACAGGAUCUGCUCCUCUUACGGCUGUGCAGUUGCUUUGGGUCAACCUGAUCAUGGACACUCUAGGUGCAUUGGCACUGGCUACAGAACCGCCUAAUGAUGGACUUAUGAAUAGGCCUCCUGUUGGUAGAGGAGUGAGUUUUAUCACCAUGGCCAUGUGGAGAAAUAUUAUUGGUCAGAGUAUUUAUCAAUUGGCUGUCCUUGGAGUACUAUAUUUUGAUGGGAAGAAUCUUUUGAGACUUGAAGGUUCAGAUGCUAGUGAUGUUCUCGAUACUUUAAUAUUCAACACCUUUGUGUUUUGCCAGAUGUUUAAUGAGAUAAAUAGCCGUGACAUUGAGAAGAUCAACGUGUUCCGUAACAUGUUCAACAGCUGGAUAUUCAUAGCUGUCAUGUCUUCCACGGUGACAUUCCAAGUUAUUAUAGUUGAGUUUUUGGGCGCCUUUGCAAGCACUGUGCCGUUGAGCUGGCAAUUUUGGUUACUAAGCAUCUUGAUUGGAUCGGUGAGCAUUCCUGUUGCGGUUGUCUUAAAGUGCAUCCCUGUUGUCGACAAAGAGACUCCUAAGCACCAUGAUGAUUACGAGGAGCUCCCCAGUGGGCCAGAAACGGCUUGAAGAUCUAAAACCCGUUUCAUCGCAUGUUAUUUUUUCUGACCACAAAGGCAAACAAUUUGUUUUUUUUUUUGUUUUUUUGUUUUUUUUUAAGUGACUAACAUACCUCAUAUCAUGACCUGUUUAACUUGUAGAAGGUAGGCUCUUCAACUGUUUUUGGAUCACUUUUGACACUGCUAUUUGAAAACUUUUCUUUCACACUUCAUUAUUGUAUAGAUGAAAUACGAUAUUAUGAAUCAUGUUAAAAAGCAUUCAAUUUUGCCUCUUGUUA